AUGAGCUACGGCGGCGCACUUGACAGCUAUGGGCUGGCAGAGGAUGUCGCCGUGUACUCGUUCGACUCGCUCGGCGACGACCAUGACCUCGGUGGACUGCUCGACGAAGGCAUGAACGACCUCAACGACGAGACCUUUGGUCUGGGAGGUGGCGAGACCAACGACAAUGAUACGUUUGGGUCGGUCGGUGAGUACGGCACCACCGCGCAGUGUGGCUUGCAGCGGGCUAGCACAAAGGCGCAUGUCCUGCUCCGGUGCGGCCCCACGCCGUCCGUCCGAUCGAGCUGACAUCCCCACCCGCAUCCCCGGAAUGCUGCAGGCCGCGACUUUGACUUUGCAGGCAACACGUCUCGCAUGCUCGCCAACGACAAGCCUUUGCAAAAGCUCGACAACUCAUGGAUGUCGGGACCGGCGCAAGCGUCGAAACCGUUCGCCGCCGCGCCUCCGUCGUCGGCUUGGAACUCGCUCGACGCCGAUCCUUUGCUUUCUGGUGCCUCGUCCUACCGGCCUCCCGCACCCAUGAGCUACCAACAAGUAGCUUCCGCAACGCAGCCCCGAUCCAACAUGAGGACCUUGGACGAGAUCGAAGCCGAGAUGCGCAACCAGGCUCGCUCGGCUGCCCCCCCUGCUCCGGCCCCCGCUCCACCCUCAUCCAAGCCAUUGACGUUGGAGGAACUCGAGGCCGAGAUGUUGCCCAAGGCUCGUGCCGGUGCAAGUGCUGCUCCCCAGGUCCAACAACCAUCCGCAGCGCCCCAGUCCGAGUUCCCCCCACUUGGCGCCGCACCGACUCAAGCUCCGCCAGCAGAGCCUCCUGCCCAGCAACAGCAAGGCCAACAACAACCCUUCUUUGGUGCCGGAGGGGCCCCUACUUUCCCUCCUUUGGGCCAGCAACCCGGUUUCGCUCACGCUGGGCCCCCGGGUUCGUUCCCGCCUCAGCAGUUCGGACGACCGAUGCCUCCCUUCGGUCCCGGGAUGCCAAUGCCACCGCCACACAUGCUCGGUCCAGGUCAAUCACCGAGCCUGCCAGCGCAAAUGUUGCCCCCACGAGGCGCGGAUACGCCGUUCCAAGGUCCUCCCGGUGCACCGCCGAUGAUGAACACCCUCUUUCCUCCUCUGCCCUCGCAAGCCGGUGGCCUCGCCCUCGUCGAGCAACAGCUGCAGUUCUUGACCAUGAACCAGCACGCCCAACACCCGUCCUUGACGAGCGCGCAACUGCAAUCGCUGUUGCAACAGGCUCAUAGCCAGGCCAACACCGAGACUGCUGCUGCCCCUGUGGGUGAGAAGGGUGACACGGUCGAAGGGGACGAAGAGCUGAAGAAAAAGGCUGGAGAGGACCUGAUCAAGGUCGUCGAGCAGAGGAUCUUGGAGCAUGAGAUGUUGGAGCAAAAGAGGAAGCGGAAAGCCAUGAAGAUUGCUGCCAUGGUAAGUAUCAACGAUCUGGGUGGAUGCUCUGUUCCGAUUUCGAUAACGGCUGACUGAUCGGACCCUUUCGUUCAGGCCAAGCACAACAACCUCAUGUCUAACUCGGACAAGGACUUCAUCACGCGGAUCCAGGUCUCGCAACUCGUCACCGACGAUCCCUACGCCGAUGAUUUCUACUUUCAUAUUAUGGCCGCCAUCAAGAUGUCGCGCCACCAGGCUGCCCUCGCCGCCGGUGCUGCACCAGGCACGGUCCCCUUCCCUCCUUUGGGUAUGGGACCCGGAGGACCAGGAGGUCGUAACGGCCCAGGGGGCAACGCGAACAACAACCGCCGACCGACCCGCCGCGAGAACGCGAUGAACCGUAUGGCGCAAAACGUCCAGCGUCUCGUCGACAGUGCCAAACAACGCAACAAGUCCGGUCAACUCAGUCUCGAUGGCGCGCUCGGCAAGAUCGCGUUGCGGACUCGAAGUGCGCCGCGCCAGAUGUUGCAAGUCAAGCCUGAUGCGGCGGGGGCAAAUGGCUCGUCCAAGAAAGGCUCGGCCGAGGAUAAGGACUCGAAGCCAUCGACUGGGUCGCACUUGUUGGAAGGACUGGUCACGCAAUCGAGCGUGGCCGCGAACGCGACUUCGGCCGAUGAUGGGAAGCCCCUUUCGCAUCGUUCGGUCUUGGCGAUCCUGGAAAAGGUCUACGAUGCGGUGCUCGACCUCGAGCAGCUCCGUCGCAUCCAACCUCAAUUGCUUGGCGCGGCCGCCGCGGCCAAAGACCACCACGCAUCAGCCGUGGCCGCCAACGCCUCGGAAGAGGUGCAGGCGAACCUCGAGCAGCACGUCGUCGAGAGUCAAAAAGCCGUCGAUGAAUGGACGGAGAAGUACGACCAGCUUGCGAACAAAUUGUGGACCGAAUUGAGGGUGAUGGAACCUUUGGACCGAUGCACACCUCACCCAUUCAUCGCGCUCAUCUCGGUACUCAAGGGCAAACGCAUCCUACCACGUGCCUUGAGGCAUCUCUCGCCUGAACAGACCUUGACUUCGUUGACCUUGAUGGUUGCGACCUUUGAUACGCUCGACACGGUCCAGGACGCUCCAAUCCUCGAUUCGCUCGACGAAACGAGCGGUGCAGGUUCGAUCGAAGGGAAGCAACGUCGCGCCGUCGUCGAGACCAAGACCGAGGCGUUCCUCAACGCGUUUCUUGCCCCGGUCAUGGCUGUGAUCGGCCAAGCCCCUCUUCGCAUGGUCACGGGUAUGUUGGGUCUGUUGAUGGAACGUAACGACUUCUCCAAGGUCGUGCAGUCCAAACCCGGGUUGGCGUUCUUGACCAUCUUCCUCUCGCGCGCCGAAUCGAUCAAGCAAGCGACCCCGGCACCGGACGCACAAGACUUGCAAGGUUGGCAAAGGACCUUUGAUCACUUGUUCAACUCGUUGGUACAACAAUUGCCCCGUUUGUUCCCUUCGACAAGGGCCAUCUCGACCCUCCCCUUCGGAGCAGCCGCGUACUUGUCCAACACCGCUCAAGCAAGUGGCCCAGGUCACCUCAACACGAUCCGCCCUGAGAUCGAUUUCGACGACGAACCGGUUUGGAGGUUGCUCGCUGCCGUAGCCGUAUGUGCCGAAGCGAAUGAGCAAGAGACGUUGGUUUCGAGUGUGAGGGAUAAGGUGUUGGAGAAUGUCAUGAGUGCGAAGAAGGCGAGGAUCGCACCCGAGGUCGCGGCACUCAAGAUUGUAUGUUUUCCGCUUAGAGUCUAAGCCUGGGCUCGGUCGAACGGUUCACUGAUCCCUUCUCUUGCGUUCUUUCAUUCCAACAGCGCAACGUCAACCUUCUCUUGCAUUCGCUAGGCCUCGACGCGUCCAUGUUGAACGCCGAGUAG